AUGGGAGUUGAUGUUCUUGGGCACCAAGCUAACCAGAUCCAGGCGGCUCAAGGUAUUUCGAAAACCACAAUAGUCCCAGAUAGGCAUCGGUCCAUUACAAAGGAAGACCAAAAUUUCUACAAGAUUUCGAGCCAUCCAUUCAAGCCCGCCUUCCAGGGCAUCGCAGCGAUGAAUCCAGAGCAGCCCAUCAAUAACAUCGAUGUCUUCAUCAAUCGAGGCGCGAUGAUGACGCUGAUAGAGUUGGCUAGAAACCCGUCGAUUGUCACCCGCCACAAUAGUUCACAACCCAUCACAGUGCUUCUCAUCGAGAAGCUCAUUUCUUCCGAGUGCACGAUGGGGCUGAAGGAUGCCAAGAAGCAAAAGCGUGUGGACCCAAUGUGGCUUCGCCAGACACCCAACGUCUCUCUCAGCGAUAUAAUUAAGAGAUAUGGCCUCUUCCAGUUAAAAGAAAAACACAUUACACUAGAAGAGUAUUUUAAGGUCUACACUGGCAAUGCUGACCGUCAGUAUAUUAACAACCCCUUAUCUCCCUUCGCGACCCAGCCUUUGGGCCAUUCACACUCCGAGUCCAUCAACCCAGGUACUCUUGGUGUCGACGUCAUGUUCGAAGACAACGAGGGCAACAAGGCCACGGAACAGCUUCCUGAUGGCGCCUUGAGAGACAAGGACGGUCUACUACUCAUCAGUAAAUCAAAGCACCAGGGUCUGGCCCAAUGGACACCAACCCACCAGUUCAUCUGGACUAAGAAAUUCCAGUUGCCGCUGCCGAACAACUUCUCAGCCUGGCCGUUCUGUCCCAUCGACAGUGUCGCAACACCAGCCUACUUCGACAUCUCCACUUUGACGAUCCCACUAACGGCCUGUGAACUCCUGACGUUUUUUCCAUGCCACAUCUGGAUUUCCGAGCUGCAGAACAGGUUCAGCCGCAAUCAAAUCAAGGGAACCUUCCAAGCCAUCUUCAUCGACUACCAGCGCGACCUUACAAUCCCCCAUGUUAUCACUCCGCAGCAAGUACGCUCCCUUAUCAAGACAGCCGCACGAGCAUGUCCUCCGAACUCGAAAUCCUGCUCGACGUACACGGUGGACAAGUAUCGCUUCACACUGCCACCCCGCAUCCCCGAGAAAUGUGGAGUGGAGAUCAAGAUACCCUACACACUCAUCCAUUGCGCCGAUGGCGUCAACCCGGCCAAAUUCCCCAAGGGCUCUGACGCCGGGCCCUUCACCAGGGCCUUGAUCCAUGCUCGUACCAGGAACCAGGACAUCAUGCUCAAUGAACUGGACGGUUACAUCGCCAGGUGGGGGAUUAGUAGGGAAUUGGACCGGCUCUACAGUGACCCGAGCUUGACUGACAGAUAUGCCAACGAAGUCAAGGAGUAUGCUCGCGGUCUGAGGGACACAGCGAAGGCGAAGGGGUACAAAUGGGACUGUUAG